AUGGCAGUCUCAAAUACCACAAAACGCCUGCGCAUAGGCGUAGACGUAGGAGGCACCAACACCGACGGCGUCAUCAUCGACCCGUCUCUCACCUCUGCCUCUUCUUCUUCCAACAGGGGUAUUAUCGCCUACCAUAAAGCCCCAACCACCACUAACCCAAGCGACGGCAUCAAUGCCGCCAUCACCCACAUGUUCACCACCACAGACCCGCCCAUCAACCCAGCCGACGUCGCCUCCGUCACCAUCGGCACCACGCACUUCGUCAACGCCGUCGUGGAGCGCGAUGCCAGAAGACUAUGCCGCGUCGCCGUGCUCAGGCUCGCGGGGCCGUUUGGGAAGCAUGCGCCCCCUUGUAUAGACUGGCCUGAUGACAUGCGCGAGCUGGUGCUGGGCCACUGGGCCAGUGUGAAAGGAGGCCUGGAGGUGGACGGAAACCUCAUUGCGGAGCUGGACGAGGAGGGUGUCAGGGCGCAGUGUCGUUUAAUUCGCGAUAUGGGCAUCCGGAGCAUCGUUGUAAAUGGGGUGUUCAGUCCUAUUGAUACGGUGUAUCUGCAGGAGGAGCGGGCUGCCGAGAUUAUCCGGGAGGAAUUCGAGAAGAAGGGAGGAGACGAAGACAGUGACGAGCCUACCGCUGUCGAUGUAGUCCUCUCCAAAGAGGUGGCGAACCUGGGAUUCCUCGAGAGGGAGAACGCGGCCAUCCUCAACGCAGCCAUCCUGCCCUUUGCGAGGAGGACGAUCCGCAGCUUUCAGGAGCCCGUCAGGCAGCUGGGCCUCGACUGUCCCGUCUUCAUCACGCAGAACGACGGCACCAUCCUCGCUGGCGAUGCGGCGGCGAGGCUACCCAUUAGGACGUUCAGCAGCGGGCCUACCAACAGCAUGCGCGGUGCGUCCUUCUUGAUGCAAGGUGGGACGGCGGGGGAGGAGGAGGCAGGAAGGGAAAAACAAGCUAUCAUGGUCGUUGACGUCGGCGGCACGACUACUGAUGUGGGCUUAUUGCUCGCCAACGGAUUCCCUCGCCAGCAGGCUGCGUACAGCGAGCUGGCCGGCGUGCGCAUGAAUUUCUCAUGCCCAGACAUCAAGAGUAUCGGCCUCGGCGGUGGGUCCAUCAUUCGCAAAGGCUCGUCAUCGUCAGGAAAACGCACGACAGUCGGCCCAGACAGUGUGGGCUACAAGCUCACCAAAGAGGCCCUUGUCUUCGGCGGUAGCGUCCUGACGACCACAGACGCCACCGUCCUCUCCCGUCCAGAGGUCGUCCAGAUCGGCGAUCCAAAAUUGGUCGAGGGCCAGCUUACAGACGACGAGCUGGCCGAGGUGCAGGCCAUCAUCAAGCAGAAGCUCGAAAAAGUCAUCGACAUGAUGAAGACGUCCCCCGAAGACCUGCCCGUCCUCCUCGUCGGGGGUGGUGCCGUCAUCAGCCCGGACGAGCUUAAGGGUGCCAGCAAGGUCCUUAAACCGCGCUGGUCCGAGGUUGCCAACGCCAUCGGCGCUGCCAUGGCUGGUGUCAGCGCCGUCGUCGACACGGUCAAGUCUACCGAGAGCAAGUCGACUGCAAAACUGCUCGAGGAGAUCUCGGCGGAGGCAGUCGAGAGGACCGUUGCUUCGGGAGCGGCGCGGGAUUCGGUCAAGAUUGUUGAGCUGGAGACGCUGCCUCUGCAGUAUAUUGCCAACAAGUCUCGCUUCAUCGUGCGUGCCGCUGGGGAUUUCGACUUUUCGCGGACGGACCUGGGUGCUGUGCCUAGCAGUACCGCCACCACAACCACAGCAGGCGAGCAGGCCAACAAUAUGGACCAGUAUGAGAAGACGGCGACUGGCACCAACGGCUCCUCGUCACCGUCGAAGGCUGCUUCUACACCCGGCGGCCCAACGGCCGAGGUCGACCUGGACACAUAUCAUCCCACGGUCAAGAACCGCGUCUGGCACGUCUCAGAGACGGACCUCGCCUUCAUCACAACAGGUUGCUAUAUCCUAGGCACAGGCGGAGGCGGCUCCCCCUACUCCUCUAUGGUCCGACUCCGCUCUAUCCUCCGUUCGGGAGCCUCCGUGCGCGUGAUCUCGCCAGACGACCUCGCCGAUAACGAUCGCGUAGGCUGCGGUGGAGGAAUGGGCUCGCCCACGGUGGGUAUCGAGAAGCUUCAGGGCGAUGAGAUGAUGGAGGCGCAAGAGGAACUGGCACAGAUCCUGCCCAAGGGGGCACAGGCGACACACAUGAUCGCGCUCGAGAUCGGUGGGGGAAACGGCCUGCAGGGUAUGAUCCUGGGUGCAUCGACCAACAUGGACGUGCCCGUCGUUGACGGUGACUGGAUGGGGCGGGCCUACCCGACCAAGUGGCAGACCACGCCUGUGGUCUUUGACGAGCGGCGGCCUGUGUUUUGCCCCUUGUCCAUGUGUGAUGGUAACGGCAACGUCAUCAUCAUGACCAAAGCCACGUCGGAUCUGCAGGUCGAGAGGGCACUACGAGCGGCGCUGAGCCAGAUGGGCUCGCACACGGGCUGCGCUGAGGGCCCUGUCACGGGCGCCGAGACGAGGCGGUGGGUUGUGGAGCAUACCAUCUCCGAGUCCUGGCGGAUCGGCCGGGCGGUGGAGAGGGCAAGGAGGGAGAACAGAGUCGAUGAGGUCGCUGAGGAGAUCGUGAAGGAGGUUGGGGGCUCGCAAGCCGCGAAAGUGCUGUGGAAGGGCAAGAUUGUCGGCGUCACGAGGACGCUGAGGAUGGGUCACAUCUAUGGCGAGUGUAUCAUCGAGGGCAUGGACGUGGCUGGGGCACGAAAAGAAGGUGGUGGUGACGGGGACGGGGCGCUGCAGGAAGGGGAACGACAAGGUCAGUUCGUGGGACGCAUCAAGAUUCCCUUCAAGAACGAGAACAUUGCCGCCAUCAAGAUACCCGAGCCAGCAGCACUCACCCAGACGGAGGGGGAGGAGGAAGCCCCUCAGGAGGAAAGACAGGAGGACGUCCUCGCCAUCGUGCCCGAUCUCAUCUCAGUCAUCGAUGCGCAGAACGGCGAGGCCAUCGGCACACCCGAGUACAGAUACGGUCUGCUCGUCACGGUACUGGGCAUCGCCGCCAGCGACCGCUGGACUUCCUCGAAACGGGGCAUCGAGAUCGGCGGGCCCGAAGGAUUUGGUAUUCACCACCUGAAGUACCAGCCGCUGGGCAAAUUUGUGAAGCCCAAGAGCGUUAUUGACGAGUACGACACACAAGUUGUUUAGGAGUUCAAAGGUGGCAUCACUACCUUGAGCAAAUGAAUGGAUGAUUAUUGUUGUUGAAGGGAAGGAAGAGAUCCUGUAGUGCUAGCAUUGCACCUC